AUGCUGUCAGAACCUGUUCUUCCCCCACUCGAGGGCUAUCCGGAUGUACACGAAUUCGAUGAGCUGAUGAAACGUUACGUCCAAGACCUCUCUCCCAAGAAACAGGACAAGGCUCUCAUUCAUGCGCGGCGAGCUGCCAACAUCAAACAUGUGCUUAUUGACAAGAAGACAACGGCCAUAGAGUCAGCCCAAUUCAGGUUUUGGGUCAAGAAGAUGUUUACACUGCAACCUAACGACAGCAAAAUCCCAGAGCAUUUAAGGAAGAUUUGCCAUGAAGGGAAACCAGUGGCAGUGCGGGAGAAGUUGUUUAAGAUCCUGACCAAGGCACACAAACAGUGUCAACACGGCGGCCGAGACAAAACAUCUGCGCAGGUCAGAAAGGUGUACUCAUGGUUUGACUCGCAAGCCUUCUUUAUGGUUCGAGAGACUAAUCAUGCAUGCUAG